AAUAAUUAUAUUCCCUUUCUUGCCAAGACUUAGAGGAGAAGAUCGAUACAGAGUGUUAUCGUCUCUAAUGUAACUGCAAGAAAUAAGGAUAUAUAUAUUUCACCCAACCUCUUAAAUCCACACGCAUGAAUAGCAGCUUUGAUUCUGGUUUACUGUGCACUGGACCACCUGGAUACAUUUAGAUAUUUUGUAUCUUGUUUAUUAUUCGUCUUGUUUCGUCAUUUUCGCAUUUAUGUUUUAUUUAUCUGGGUUCUUUUGGCCAAGCGUCCUCUUGAAAAAAAAACAAAAAACAAGUUGGUAUCAUUGAGAUGAAGGGACAGAGAGGAACGAACGAGAUUUACUUCUCCAAACAUCAGAAGGCGUGAGGCCUGUUUGAACAGGUGCCCAUUGCCACACUCUUUCACACGUCAACACGAGAGGAGGGGGCUGAAGAAUGUGAUCAAUGGUGACGCUACGGGUCUUUGGAUCUAUAGAAGACUGUGAAUGUCUUGCACACAGGUGGUAACCUUGAUUACAUUCAGGUCGUGUUGAUAAGAGAAAAGCCAUGAAGAUCAUUCUGUUGACUCUGCUGAGUGUCCUCGCAGCCAGCGCUCAGGUGUUAAGGUUAGGCAAAUGUCCCAAACCUGCAGUUCAGGCCAACUUUGAUGCUUCCAGGUACGUUGGUAAGUGGUAUGAGAUCAUGAAGCUGCCAACAAUCUUCCAGAAAGGCGAGUGUGGCACUGCCACCUACAGCCUGGAGAGUCCUGGAGUCAUCGGGGUCCUCAACAGUGAGCUGCUUAAUGAUGGAACCAUUAAUUCUAUCGUCGGCUCAGCAAAGGUCAAGGACCCCGCUGAGCCUGCCAAGCUGCAGGUCUCCUUCAAUGGCUCUCCUCCUGGUCCUUACUGGGUGCUGUCCACCGACUACGAGGGUCACUCUCUGGUCUUCGGCUGCACAGACUUCAUCUUUUUCCACGCGGAGCUGUCCUGGAUCCUGAGCAGAGAGCCCACCCUGCCUGAGGAGACCGUAGAGGAGCUGCACGGCAUCCUGUCCUCCAUCGGCGUCAAUGUUGACAAGAUGGUCCCCACCAACCAGAAUGAGACUCUCUGCAGCGCCAUGAACCAGUAAACAGAGACACUCCUGUUUCAGCCUCUACAGGACUUCCAGACAUUGAUUCAUGCCAUGACACACCACUGCAUGCAGUGUGUGUGUGUGAAGUGUGUCGCUCCCUGUCGACGCAAUAUGCAAAGCCAUGCAAUAAACCUGUAGAAAGAAAUUCAUGUUUUGCUGCGUUUUGUCUUUAGGGCUUACUCUAGAAAUUGUCAAGCGCAACGAAAUUGCAGUUGUGUCUGACUCAAAUGAUGCAUCGUCUAAAAAACGUCACAUUUACAGAGAAUAAAAAAGGCAUGAAUAAAAUAAGGGAUGAUAAAUAAGUGCAAUAUGAAGUAUAAUAAUAACACUAUGGAAUACAAGUGUGCAAAAAAGCAGCAGCAGUAAAGGUGCAGUAUAACAGAUGUGAUUGGUGUUGUAAUGCUGCACAGAAUCAGUGGGUUGAAGUGACAUGACGGUAAAUACUGCACAUGCUCCAAUGAUGGCAGCACAUAAGUCUUCUCAGACUGAGGAGAUGUCUAGUAUUUAAUUGUAUUCUGA